GCUAAGCUCAGUUAUAUUAAAGGGGUUAGAUGCCGGGGAGUUUAAAACACCAAAACUAGUACAAAGUAAGAUUAUUCCACUGGCACUAAAGAGAAAGAACAUAGUCUGUUCAGCAAAAACUGGAUCUGGCAAAACUCUGGCUUUUUUAGUGCCUAUGCUUGAGAGAUUAUUGAAAGUAAAGUGGUCGCGUGCAGAUGGUCUUGGUGCUGUGAUUAUUACACCCACUAGAGAAUUAGCACUGCAGAUAUUUACUGUUCUACAGACACUUGGGCAGUUUACGCACUUAAGUGGAGGUCUGCUAAUUGGAGGCAGAGAUGUAGAGAGAGAGAAAGAAGCGGUUGGGGAGUUAAAUGUAGUUGUAUGCACACCAGGCAGAUUAUUAGAUCAUUUAGAGAGGGGAUGGAAUUUCAAUGGGGAUAAUUUAGAGUGUUUAGUAAUUGAUGAGGCAGAUAAGCUCAUGGAAAUGGGGAUUCAAAGAGACAGUUGAAAGCAUUCUAGAGUAUAUGUCAAAGAAAAGACAGACUCUCCUAUUCUCAGCCACAGCAGAUGCAAUUGCACAGGCUAAAAGAGUCUGGGACAUUGAAAACCCAGAAUUCAUUUCACUAAGUGAAAGCAAAGAUGAAGAGCCAUUAAACCUCAUACAAACCGCGUACAUAACCACACCAGCACAGAAAUUCGAUUUACUAUAUACAACUAUCAAACAAAACCUCAGAAAAAGGAUUAUUGUAUUUCUUACUACGUGCAAAGAAGUCACUUUCUACUAUACUAUUAUUAAGAAAAUGCGGGUGGGCAUCAGUGCUUUAUACUUAAAUGGGAAUAUGUCCCAGAAUAAAAGGGUUGAGACAUAUUAUAAAUUCAGUGAGAAAGAACCACAGAUCCUCUUCUGCACAGAUAUUGCAGCAAGAGGACUUGAUUUCACAAGUGUUGAUAUUGUUAUACAAUUAGAUGCACCAGACUCAAAAGAGACGUACAUUCACAGAGCAGGAAGAACCGCCAGAAAUGGAGCAAAAGGAAAGAAUAUCCUAGCCAUUACAAAACAAGAACUUCCUGUACUAACAAAUUUAAAGGGAGUUGAAGGAUUCCCACAGGAAGUUCUUCCAUAUAAAACAAAUCAUAAGAAAUCAGUUGAGGAAAGAAUUAAAAGCAUAAUAAAAGGUGUCCCUGUGAUCUAUCAAUUAGCACAGAAAUAUGUCAAGACGUACAAGGGAUCAUUAAGGGUAACUAAAAAGGAGCACAUCACAGACAAAGAGAGUGCACUUAAAGAAUUAAUUGAAUACCUCGGUGUAAAAGAAGAUGAGAAUGUAAGUUGGUCAGAAGAUGCACCAAGAAAACCAAAAUCACAAAACAAUUAUACAAGAUUUGAUUAAAAUAGAAAUAAAUUACUAAUAAAUGUAAGGC